GAUUUUGACGGGAAAACAUUAAAACGACUGAAUCGAUGGUGGCCUGGAGGGAACGAUGAAGAAGGUCAAUACAUUGACCGCGGCCUCUUCUCCUUUCUAUACAAGUAUACAACUUGUAUAGACAGGUAGGAGCGCUAACCAACCUCCAACCACCAACGACCACCACACCACCACCUCCUCCCUUACGCCACCCCUUCCUCACCACCACCCAACCGAAACAACUUUGGCGCCAUCGCCCUUAAUUCUUGUGUGUCAAGAUCUCAUUUGGGUUUUUGUUUCUUGAGGUGGUUGUGGACGGGGUGGGUGUUGCUGUUGCUGUUGCCCUUCAAUCAAUUGAUUUGAUAUCAAGAUUAUCAAAAAUCAAAACCCCCCAUUAUUAGAUCUGGUUUUGAAGAAAAAAAGUUUGCAAUAGAUGAUGAACAUUUUACGAAAAGACCCAGGUCUACCAACUGAUUCAUUCUACGAGGUUCGAGCUGGAUUUUCCGAUGGUCCCAAAACCAAUUUUAGAAUCAAGGCCGGAAAGACACUUAGUGAAAAAAGGUGGCGGGCUUCAUUUACAGAUGAAGGUUGUCUUGAUAUAGGCAAGUGCCUUAGUCGAAUCUAUCAUGGAGGGAUUCAUCCAUCAAUUAGAGGAGAAGUGUGGGAAAUUCUUCUCGGUUGUUAUGAUCAUAAAAGCACAUUUGAAGAACGAGAACAAAUACGACAAAGACGAAGGGAGCAAUAUGCUGAGUUGAAAGAAUCAUGUAGCCGAAUGUUUCCCACUGUUGGAAGUGGGAAAUUCAUCACAGCACGUGUGAUCACAGCAAAUGGGGAUCUAAUUCAAGAUCCUAAUGUGGAUUUAGGAACAAAUCCUGAAAAGCCUCCAACAUUGCAAUCUGAAGAAACUGUUGCUCGGGAGCAUGACAAGGAAAUAAUUCAGUGGAAGCUGGCUCUACAUCAAAUAGGUCUUGAUGUGGUUCGCACAGACAGAACACUAAUGUUUUAUGAAAAACAAGAAAAUUUGGCAAAACUUUGGGAUAUUCUUGCAGUCUAUGCUUGGUUUGAUAAAGAUGUCGGUUAUGGUCAAGGAAUGAGUGAUCUUUGCUCCCCCAUGAUUAUGCUUCUUGAAGAUGAAGCAGAUGCUUUUUGGUGCUUUGAACGUUUAAUGCGAAGAUUAAGAGGGAAUUUCAGGUGCACAGGAAAUUCAGUUGGGGUAGAGACACAACUUGAUAGCUUGGCUAAUGUUACUCAAGUUGUUGAUCCUAAACUUCAUAGACACUUAGAACACCUAGGUGGAGGUGGAUACCUAUUUGCAUUCCGGAUGCUUAUGGUGCUGUUCAGAAGAGAACUUUCUUUUGGAGAUUCAUUGUACUUAUGGGAGAUGAUGUGGGCUUUGGAAUACAAUCCAGAGCUUUUCUCAUUGUAUGAGGGAGGAGAUGAAACAAACAGUAAAUCAGAUACUCUUAGAUUGAAAAGAAAAGCCAUUCGCCAAUAUGGGAAGUAUGAAAGAGCAAAUAGGAGAAACCGGGCCCGGGUCAAACCCGGAUCCGAACCCGAACCCGGAUCCGUUUCACCUCUCCCGAUUUCUGUUUUUCUUGUAGCAAGUGUCCUUAAGGACAGGAGUGACAAGUUGUUGACUGAAGCUAGAGGACUAGAUGAUGUUGUAAAGAUAUUAAAUGACAUUUCUGGGAAUAUGGAUGCCAAGAAAACUUGCACAGGGGCCAUGAAGAUUCACAAGAAGUAUCUCAAAAGGCAAAAACGCCAUAGCUUUCAGAUUCCAUGGCUUGUUUCAAACGCCUCUUAAGUUUGAGUUUUGAGGAUAGUUUUCGCAAUGUUGGUGUUGGAGGCAAUUUGUUGUGAAUUGAUAUGAUGGUCAUUUCAUUUGACUGUGUGUGAUUCUUUUUACAAGACAAAUAAUAAGUCAUU